AUGGUGACUACAAGAAAGCGCACAAUUCAAAGUAAUGAUGAAUAUAUGUUACAACAAGAUAGUAGGCAAGAGAGCCCUCAACAAAAUGUUGCAGCAUCUGAAGUUCAUACUAGUGCUGGAGGAGACCAGAUUGACAGUGAGGUUAAUGUCCAAGAUGAAACUAAAGGUAGAGUAAAGCAUGGGAGGACCAAACUGAAAGAUAUUUGGAACCUUCCUAAAGAUGAGAUUUCUUUACCCUUUACGCAUGGAAAAAUGGAUACUGUGAACCCUCGGAGAGAGAUGGAGGCAACACAAGAUGAUUUGAAGAAACUCAUAGGGCAGCAACUAGAUUUAGCAGACACUAAUCAAGGAAAGGUUGCAUGGAGAAGAGAUGCACUAAAUAGAGUACUAGUAGAAGAGAAGCCUGGUCAUGUGCAUGGCUUGGGACUUGUUCCAAAUCCAAAUCAAGUUUUUGACCUAUCAACUUCAAAGCGCCUUAAGAAUAUAAAUAUGACUUCAUUGGAUGACAAAUCGAGUGAAGAUGUUGUAUCUCUAAGACUUCAAAUGGAAAAGUUUGGACGUCAAAGUCCAAAAUCAAGAUGCUACAAUACUAGAAUUACAACAGAAGACAAAAAUCUUGGAACAAAGACAUAUCCAACAGGUAAAUUUACAGAACCUCUACAUUAA